AAAAAUGACUACGCACAAAGAGAUUUCAACAUCUUGUGAGGAUAGUCUCGAUGUCUCCAAUAAUGAAAAAAAAGUUAAACAAAUGAAAAGAUCGAAGUGUAAACUUGAUGCAAACGGUCGACUAAAUCUUAAAGAUAUUCUACUGUCUUUUAAUGGACCAGUCAGCCAAGAACAAGCUUGGGCAUUAUGUUAUCAAACGGCUAAAAGUUUGUCAUGUUUACCGGGAAACAACUUUUAUGAACUCUCGGAGUUAUCGCAAAUCGUCCUUCACAAGGAUGGCGAUGUUUGGCUUGGCGAUCUAAUCGAAUUGGAAAAACCCCAUGUAUCUGAGAAAAAGGCUAUGUUUUCAUUAGGUAUGAUAAUAUUCAAAGCACUUGAUUUCGGCCUAGAUGAACAAGAAGAAAGGCCUUUAUCACCGGAUUUAGAAGCUCUUAUAACAUUAAUGACAAGUGCAGAUCAAGAAAUUGAAGAAGAAAUGGAAGAACGUCCACAGGAAACAGAUGAUGAAGGCAUAGAGAGAGAUUCAAGUAUUGCUGACAUAGAUGAAUUUUUAUCACAAAAAACUAAUGAUGUUUAUAAAGAAAGAUCAUCAAUAUAUUCCUUGAAAAAUGUAAUGCAAUUAUGUACCAGACACAUGCAAACUUCUCUUGAAUCUGCUGAAGUUCACUAUAAAGCUGUAAUACGAGCAUUUGUAACAGAAGCUCUGGAAUUGUCACAAUUUUUGGACACAAUAGAAGCUGAUAAACUACAAGCUAGUCAGAAGGAAGUUGUCAACAGUGAUAGUAAUAAGCAAAUCUCGAUGUCUGUUCAGAAUCUUGAUACAUUAGAUUUUAUUGAUUGGACUGACAUUAGGAUUUGGAGGGCUAUACAAGCAAGAUUUUGGGUACAAGUUAUACAAGAAUUAAGAAAAGGUGUGAAGCUAAAAAAGGUAGAAGCCAAUUUGGGUUCAAAAACCACAACUCGUGGACGUGGAAAGGGAGCAGAAUUUGAAUUAACACCUUAUGAAAUUUUGAUGGAUGAUAUUCGAAAAAGAAGAUAUCAUCUGAGGAAGACACCAUCACCAACUCCAAAUUUGAAGAAAGAUGCCCAUGCUGUUAUUCUGGAAUUCAUUCGAAGUAGACCACCUCUAAAGAAGGCAUCAGAAAGACAGCUUCCACCUCUUCAAAAGGAGUGGACUCUUCGAGAAUUACUUAUGGAAAGUAUAAAGAAACCACCAAAUUUGAGAUCUUCACGCAAUAGAUACAUUCCUAAGGUUGAAAAAACAUCUCCUCAAAAUGAUUAUAUCCAAAAUGCUGCUGAUAUCAAGGAUAAUGGAUCACCUACUAUACCGAAACCUCCUCGAAGGGAAUUGGACAGUUCCAAUUCUACAACAAGUAGAAGAAAAGUAAUUCCUGUAGAUUUUGAUUUAAAGCUCGACGCCGAGGAAGAUGACGAUGAAGAUUACAAUGAUGAAUUCACGGUGACAAGAUUUGAAGAAGAAGAUGAAGGAUCAAAUUAUUGGCAAUUAAAAGAAGAUUAUACAUUUACAGAUAGAACCAAUAUUCGUAGUAGAUAUAAAGAUCACAGAUUUGAUGACGAAGCAGAUUCUGCGAAUCCUUGGCGAAGAACUGGUGGAUUACGUUUGACGAGGAACGAAUAUCAUCGAUUUUGUGAUACACAACUUGAAUCUUAUGAUCUUGCAACACAGUGUCCAUCUAGAAGAGCAUCGGCUCGAAAACAUGCAGCUAAACGUACUAUAGCACUUACAGCAUUAACUGGUACUACUUCUCUUCCUCAUUCGAGACCACAAAGUCGUCAAUACACAGGUCCAACAGAAUUGUUAUUAAAUCAAAGUCCAAGUCCUAAUAUUAGUGUGAAUCCUAGUCCAAGUGUAAGUCCUCAGCCAAGAACAAGACAACCGCGACGAUCACAAACUAUUGCCGAAGAUACAAAAGAUAGCGAAGAUCAAAAUGAAGAUUGUCAAGAUGAUAAAAGACAGAAACCUACAUUAGGUGACAUGUUCUUAGAUGAAAGACUUUCUCUGACUCUAGAAGAAAUUGUACAUAUUCGGAGUGUAUUAACUAAAGCAGAAUUGGAAUCUCUACCUGUAGAAGGGCGUGUAAAGGAAGAUGUAGAGAAGAGACGCGUUUGUUUUCUUUGUCUAAAAACUAGAUUCGGAUUGUUAGGACCUUGGGGACAACGUUGUCGUUUGUGUGAAAGGACCGUCUGUGUGAAAUGUUAUUCCAAAAUGCGAAUUCCAACAGAACACUUCGCCCAUGUCCCAGUAGUAUUACUAUCUCCCGGUCUUCUUCUUUCUCCAUCAUCUUCAGAACCAGAUACUAGCAAGAGUUCUUGGCUUAGAAGCAACGGAGCAGCUGGAUCUGCACCGGCAUCACCAGCCUCUAGACGCAAGGAUUCAUCGCUAAAAAGUGUAACACCUUCAUCCACGCCUACUACGACACCAGUUUUGAUACUUACACCGACUUCUACACCGCCUUCUCAUGCUCGUCGUGAAACAGAGAUUCAAGAUAAAAGAUUGCCAGCCAAUGUAUCAUCACCGAAGGCAUUCUCCAGUUUCACAAGUCAAAACUCGGAACAACGAUUGGCCGCGGAGAGAUUGCGAGGUGUUUCUAUGGUUGUCUGUCAUGAUUGCCGUAUUAUGGUGAUACAAAUAAUUAAAAGUUCGAGAACAACACGAGCUACGAUACGUAACAAUGUUAUUUCACGACUCACUUUAAACUUAUCUCCAGCCUAUGUUUGAAUUCUCUCUACAAAAAAAAAAUGAAGUUCCGGUUAAAAAGGAAUAAAAUAUGCAAAGAAAGUUAAAUGUGAAAUAUAUAAUUUUAAUGUAGCUGGAAUUUAAAGAAAAAAUCUAUAUAAAAUCGGCACACAAUGACAUUUAAUGUAUUCUACGUACCAACAUUCAGGCUUACAUCUAAGUAGAUCAUUAAUGCAUGCAAAUUU